GGAUUAGUAUAAAAUAGGAGGUUCAACUACAUUUGAAGAAUCACAUAGGGGGUAAACUUUGCUUUCCAAAUUCACAUUAUUUCUUCAUCUUUCAAUUCAAUUUGAGUUUCAACUUUGAAGACAAUCAUGAGUUUGAAGACAAACAAGAGCCGUAUUGUUGAUAUUGAAGGGGGAGAUUAUGACAACCCAAACACCAUUAAAGAUGAACAAGAGGACAAGCUUCAAGAACAACAGACCAAGCUUCAAAAACAACAGACCGAGCUUCGUGGGUGCACAAUAGAAGGAAAUUGGAAAGAAGUUGAGAGACUAUACAACUUGGAUGUAAAUUUCAGCACAAUGAACAUAAACAAAAGUAUAGGGACAGCACUCCACAUGGCAGUAAACGAAGGCAACGAAAGUGUCGUUAGAAGUCUUGUUGGUUCAAUAUUAUUUCACAGAAACGUGGUAGCAUUUGAAAUGAAGAACGGAAAAGGGGACACACCUUUGCACCUUGCAGCAUCGAGAGGGUUUCAAGAAAUUUGUGAGUGCAUAAUUGGAAAAAAUUAUGAAAGGAAGGAUUUGAUUGAUAUUGAUAAUAAUAAUAAAGAGACACCUUUCUUUCUUGCUUCACUUUUUUGUCAAAAAGAAACGUUCUUGUAUUUGCUCCCUUUUGUUUCUUAUUCUGAAUAUCUUUUUAGAAGCAACGGAGAUAGUAUCCUUCACUGCGCCAUUUUGGGAGAAUAUUUCGAUUUGGCUCUUAAAAUAAUACAAACAUUCCCUAAACUUGGUGGAAUUACAAACAACGAGGGUUAUACACCUCUGAAACUUCUUGCUACUAGGCCCUCAGCAUUCGAAAGCGGAUGCAAGAUGACAUGGUGGAAGAAGAUUCUAUACCACUAUAUAUCCGUGGAAAACCUAAACAUAGAAGAAGUUAUCAAAUGUUAUAAUAUGAAACAAGAUCAGGAAAACCUACACCUUUCAUGUCCAAAGAACUACGAAACAUGUGGUUUCUUUCUUCGUAAAUGUCAACUGGGGAUCGCCAAAUUACCAAUUGCUGCUCACAUUAGACAUGUUGCAGCUUCUAAUAAUAAGGUAAAGGAACAAAAAGUGUUGCAAGAUCAGCAACCACAUAUCAAUAUAUCAAUGUCAUAUGAUAAUGAGGAAAAUAAACAAAAAGUGUUGUCAGAUCAGCAACAAAUCAGUAUAUCAAUGUCAUCUGAUUGCGAGCUUCUUCCAGAAAACUACGCUACAUGUCUUUGGUUCCUGAAGUUUGCAUACAUCUAUAUCCUUGGUCUUUUUGGAGUAGGUAUGUAUGUGUCUCAAAUUCCUAACUAAAUUGAUCUCAUUAUUUAUAACUAAUUGUUUGUUUCAUUA